UAUGCAGCCAUCGCUGGCGGACUUUAUCUACUGGGUCUUGUCGUCUAUCGGGUGUAUCUCAGUCCACUACGCCAUUUCCCCGGUCCUAAAUUGGCCGCCGCAACGCAAUGGUACGAGACAUACUACGAGAUGUGGUAUCGUGGAGGGGGCAUGUUUACCAGACAUAUCAAGGAGCUGCAUGACCAAUAUGGCCCCAUUGUGCGGAUAAACCCGUGGGAACUUCACAUCGAUGAUCCGGAAUUUUACGAGACCAUUUAUCCCUCGUCUGCUCCAUUCGAUAAAUUAGCUGUUUUUGAAAAUCGAUUUGGAAUCCCAUCUGCAGCCUUCUCGACAGCUGCUCAUGCGAUACACAAGAAACGUCGAGCAGCCUUGAGCCCCUUCUUCACCAAAGGUCGAAUUCAAGCGCGCGCCCCCUUUCUACAGCAACUCAUCGACAAGGUCUGCAAGCGUCUAGAGUCGGAAAAUGUCAAGCAGCAAACACCCCUUGUUUUGAACCAUGUCUUUGCAUGCUUCUCCGCGGAUUCCAUCUUGUCGUUGGCUUUCGGCGAUGAACCUAGUUUCAUUGAUACUCCUACGUGGCAAACACCUUUCGUGGGUGCCAUGGAUGCUCUGGUGAAGUCCACCCACUUGAACAGUCAGUUUCCUUUUAUGGUUUCGCUAGCAAAUGCGAUCCCAGAGUCGAUAUUGUUGAAGAUACCGUCUUUUGGGCCAGUUGUGGAAUUCCGCCAGUCUCUCAAUGAACGAAUUGCACGUCUUUUUGAUCCCAAGGAAAAGAAGCAGCCUAAAAAAAUAACUGAUGAGGACGCGACACUAUUCGAGGUCCUGCUCAGCUCUUCUUUACCGCCCGAGGAGCUCACCCAAACGCGCCUGCAACACGAAUCGGUGAGCAUAGUUGGGGCAGGAUUUGAUACAACGCGUGAGAUGCUCACAGCAAUCGCGUACCACGUUCUGGCCAACCCGGAAAUCUAUCGCAAACUACGUGAGGAGCUGCAUACUGCCAUCCCCGACCCAUCGCAGAUUCCUACAUGGGCCCAGCUGCAACAACUACCCUAUCUUACUGCUUGUAUCGAAGAGGGACUACGUAUUGCAUUCGGUACAGUCCAACGAAGCCCCCGGAUCGCCCCCACACCGUUCAUCUACGGCAAGUAUACCAUCCCGCCUGGUACGCCAGUCUCGGAAGAUACUUACCACAUGCACACCAACGAGCGUAUCUUCCCUGAUCCGGAUGUGUAUCGUCCAGAGCGAUGGCUGGGAAAUCCACGGGGCCCGGAUGGUGUCAAGCAGCUGAGCAGGUAUAAUGUCGCAUUUGGUCGUGGAGGGAGGAUGUGUUUGGGGAUGCAAUUGGCUUAUGCGGCAAUGUAUCUGAUGAUUGCGAGUUUGAUUCGCCGAUAUGAUUUUGAGUUGUUCGAGACGACUCGUGAGGAUGUGGAAUUUUACUACGAUUGGGUGGUCCCCCAUGCCCGGCUGGAGAGUAAGGGUGUGCGGGUGAUUGUUAAAAUGGCAGCGUAG